AUUAUUAGUUAUUUAGCAUUCCAAAAUGACUGAUCCGACGUCUCCAGAGGACCACUGGAAAACAGAUGGGGCUUUUAGUGACAGUGGCUUUGACACAAGUUUCUUUGCUGAAACUAUAAGAAAGGGUAGCGUUGUUUCCAGAGCCAACAGUAUUGGAUCAACAAGUGCCUCUUCAGUGCCAAAUACAGAUGAUGAAGACAGCGACUACAGGCACGAGACGUCCUAUAAGGACUCGUAUAAAGAUCGACGGAGACAAGCGCACACACAGGCUGAGCAAAAGCGCAGGGACGCAAUCAAGAAAGGCUACGAUGACCUGCAGUCGAUCGUGCCCACCUGCCAGCAGCAGUCUGAGUUUGCAGUUGGAGCUCAGAAGAUCAGCAAGGCUACUAUUCUGCAGAAAACAAUUGACUACAUCCAUUUUCUUCAUAAAGAAAAGAAAAAGCAAGAGGAGGAAGUCUCCAUCCUGAGGAAAGAAGUGAUGGCACUGAAGAUCAUGAAAACGAACUAUGAGCACAUCGUGAAGGCCCACCAGAACAACCCACAGCAGGGCGAGGAUCAGGUUUCUGACCAGGUCAAGUUCAACAUCUUUCAGAGCAUCAUGGACUCCCUGUUCGUGUCUUUCAGUAACUCUGUUUCAACGAGCAGCUUCCAGGAACUGUCCGCCUGCGUUUUUAGCUGGAUCGAGGAGCACUGCAAGCCACAGACGCUGCGCGAGUUUGUUGUUGGAGUGCUCCGACAGCUCAACGGGCAGCUUUAUUGACUGAGGGGGGAAACCCUCGAGCGAACUUCCAGAAAUAAGACUUUUGACUGGCUCUCGCCUCUCAGGAUGGAUUGCUUCAUGCCURGCCUCAGUAUUUACACUCACUUCAGCUCAUCAGUGUCUCCCUGGCUGCAAUUGGAUUACCUCAUCACAUUUUCUGGACAGAGAUUAACACAAAAAAAAGGUCUUGGAUUGAGUAAAUCCUGAGAGGAAUCACUUACUCUUUGUCACUGAGAGUUACAUCCAGAUACAUGAGUGUAUUUUGGCACGCAGCUAAUUACUUAAUGCAGUAACUUGAGUUCAGCAUUUAGAGGAGUCAAAACCAGUUAAGACUACUUAUAGAUGUAGUAAAUUGAUAGUAUUGAUUCUGCUUGGCCACUGGCUGCAGACAGAAGGCAGAGAACACAUAAUCAAGACGUAUAAUAAGCUUCAAACUGUGGUGCAUGAACAGAGCCACUCCUGGUUUUUAUUGGAUAAUUGAAAUCUUUUCCCUACGUUAUUACAGGGUUUUCAGGCACUUUAAUGUUUGUUUAAUAUAUGUGUUCAUUAGGAUGUUAUGUGGUGCCUCGGAAAUAACGUUGCUUAAUUUUAAAUACUCUGUUGCCUUUGGUGUGACGAGACUUCAGGUUGAAACAGGUGGAGUUUGGAUAUGAUCCAGAACUUUUGAAAUGUUGUAAAUAUGCCGCAGUUGGCYAGAAGACAGCUUUUUAUUUGUGAUGGUUUAGCUGCAGCUGCAGUCAAAAUCAGUAUUUUCAAACUUGUUAAAAAGACGAUGAUGAUCCUUUUAAAUUUCUGAUUUAUUUUUAAAUGCAAUGAAAGGUGGAAACUUGUUUUAAUUCUAUUUUUGAGACAUGUUUACUUAUGAGAGUUGUUCUGAUCAGAAAAUUAUUCCCGUCUUUCUGAAAGCCAAACAGGUUCCUGGUUAGAAACGUAAAUCUUUGAAAAUAUUUGAUUCAUAAAUGAGAAGCUCUUUGAUUUGUCUAUUUCCUGUAGAAAAUAUGUUCAACUCUUUUUACACGAAAAAAUGAAUACAAGAAAUGUAAAUUUUACAUUAAAAAGGUCAUGAUCUUCUAUUUGAAAACAUGUUUUGACUGAACCUUUCUCUAAAUUGCAGGUUCGAAUUGCUUCUGGUGGUUUGAAAUAAAUCACUAAUAAUGCUGAGUUUUAUUAGAUUAGAUGGCACCAGUGAUGAAUCAAAUCACUUUUCGGAGAGCGGUGUCAGUUAUUUUAUUUUCCCUUAAAUUUACCUAAAAUACAAUGUAGGAAAACUGCAAGAUAACACGACAAAAUCAUACAGGUUUGCAGUGCUGACCGCUCGUCUUGCAUAGAAUCUAUAAUAAAACAGCUUAUAUGUUUUCAGGAGUCGAACUUUAUGGCUAAAAAUAUAAAACCUUUGAGUAAAACAAGUGAAAAAAAACAUGAAACAGUUCACUGCAAAAUGUAAACAUGAGAACAACAAAAGGACUGCUUUUAUGAAUAAUUUGACAUUUUCUCUGUAAGCUCAGGAUUGCUUUAAUGUUUUAAAAUAGGGACAACAGAAACCACAGUUGCCUAAAGGAUCACAACCAUCCCUCAGUGCAGUCCCAAAUUUUGUACAAAUAUACUUGGAGUUUGAUUUUUUUUUCUUUUCUCGUCAGAAUUUACAAAASAUUUUACUAUUUAUUUCAAAAGAAAUGUAAUAAAUAAAGAAUACACUGCUGCUCA